AUGGCUCUACAGGACCUGUGCCACCUCCAGGAAGUCUUCCCGGACACGGACUGCUCUCCGUUUGGGACGAGGACAGGUUACUAUGACGAUGGUUUCCCCGCCAGCAGCAGGUCCCCCCUGUUCAACUUCUUCAUCCCGGCGGCAGAGUUCCUGCAGGAGAGUCCUUUGCAGUUUGGACAGGUGAGCAGUGCUUUCACCUCUCAGGACCACCUCCUCUCCUCCCUCUCUUGGCCCCCCGGCCUCCCACAGGACUCCCCUCAGCCCGUCCCCCUUCCUUUCCCCAUGUCCCACGGCACCACCACCCUGGCCUUCCUGUUCCAGGGCGGUGUCCUGGCGGCGGCCGACACCCGCUCCAGCUGCUCGGGGCUGGUGGCGUGUCCGUCCUCUCAGAAGGUCCUGCCGAUCCACAGCCACCUGGUGGGAACCACGUCAGGAACCUCCGCAGACUGCGCCCUCUGGAAGCGGAUCCUGGCUCGAGAACUCCGGCUAUACCAACUCCGACACGGCCGACGCUUGUCCACGGGCGGCGCCGCCAAACUGAUGUCCCACAUGUUGCACCCCUUUAAAGGCAGCGAGCUGUGUGUGGCCGCGACGCUCUGCGGGUGGGAUGCCUCUGGUCCCAGUCUGUUCUACGUCUGCAGUGACGGGACUCGCCUGCAGGGGGCACUCUUUUCCGUGGGUUCGGGGUCGCCCUACGCCUACUCCAUCCUGGACCAGGGGGUGAGGUGGGAUCUGACGCUGCAGGAGGCCACGUCGAUCGCGAGGGAGGCUGUCUAUAGAGCCACACACAGGGACGCCUGGUCUGGGAACUGUGUGGACGUCUUCCAUGUGUCCUCGGCAGGGUGGAGACGCCGGGGGAGGGAGGACCUGAGGGAGGAGUACUACAGAGAGAGGGACAGACAAGGGGGGGAGGACCUGAGGGAGGAGUACUACAGAGAGAGGGACAGACGAGGGGGGGGAGGACCUGAGGGAGGAGUACUACAGAGAGAGGGACAGACGAGGGGGGGAGGACCUGAGACUGAGUGA